UCCAUCUGGUCACUGAUGACGUGGCCCGCAGCAUCUUGGAGACCCUGUUCAGCACUUGGAUGGUGCCCUCUGUCCUCAUUAGCUUCUACAAUGCUGAUGAGCUCAAGCCGGAAGUGGCCUGGAUCCCCAAUAAGCAUUACUCAGGCAUCUAUGGGCUCCUGAAGCUGACCCUGCUCCGGGCACUGCCCCCCACCCUGCCCCAAGUCAUCGUCCUGGACACCGACAUCACUUUUGCUUCCGACAUUGCUGACCUUUGGGCCGUCUUUGCCCGAUUCUCAGACAAGCAGGUGAUCGGGCUGGUGGAGAACCAGAGUGACUGGUACCUAGGGAACCUCUGGAAGAACCACCGGCCCUGGCCCGCCUUGGGCCGCGGCUUCAACACAGGGGUGAUCCUUCUGCAGCUGGAGAGGCUGAGGCAGGUGGGCUGGGAGCAGAUGUGGAGACUGACGGCCGAACGAGAGCUGCUGACCAUGCUGGCCACCUCUCUGGCUGACCAGGACAUCUUCAAUGCCGUGAUCAAACAGCACCCUUGGCUGGUGCACCCCCUGCCCUGCUCCUGGAACGUGCAGCUCUCGGACCACACUCGAGCCGAGCAGUGCUACUCCGAGGUGUCGGACCUCAAGGUGAUUCACUGGAACUCCCCGAAGAAACUUGGGGUGAAGAAUAAACAUGUGGAAUUCUUCCGAAAUCUCUACCUGACCUUCUUGGAAUACGACGGGAACCUGCUGCGGAGAGAACUGUUUGGCUGCGGCGGCGCUCCCCAGGCUGAGCCGGCCCAGACCAGACAAGCCGCGGGGGAGGGAGAGGAGGACGACGCCUGCUACGAGUUCCGCCAGCAGCAGCUCACGGUGCACCGGGUGCACCUCACCUUCCUGCCCUUCGAGCCCCCUGCCCCUGCCCCUGACGACGUCACCCUGGUAGCCCAGCUCUCCAUGGACCGGCUGCAGAUGCUGGAGGCCCUCUGCCGCCACUGGCCGGGCCCCAUGAGCCUGGCCCUGUACCUGUCCGACGCUGAGGCCCAGCAGUUCCUCCGCUUUGCUCAGGCCUCCGAGGUGCUGGCCGCCCGGCGGGACGUGGCCUACCAUAUCGUGUACCGAGAAGGGCCCCUGUACCCCGUCAACCUGCUUCGGAACGUGGCUCUGGGCCAGGCCCACACUCCCUACGUCUUCCUCACCGACAUCGACUUCUUGCCAGCCUUCUCCCUCUAUGACUACCUCAGGACCUCCAUUAAGGAGCUGGGCCUGGCCACCCGCAAAGCUGCUCUGGUGGUGCCGGCCUUUGAGACCCUUCGCUAUCGCCUGAACUUCCCCACCUCCAAGACGGAGCUGCUGGCUUUGCUGGACGCCGGCUCCCUCUACACCUUCAGGUACCACGUCUGGCCCCGAGGGCAUGAGCCCACCGACUAUGCCCGCUGGCGGGAGGCCCAGGCGCCCUACCGCGUGGAGUGGGCGGCCGAUUACGAGCCCUACGUGGUGGUGCCCCGGGACUGCCCCCGCUACGAUCCCCGCUUCGUGGGCUUUGGCUGGAACAAGGUGGCCCACAUUAUGGAGCUCGAUGCACAGGAGUACGAGUUCUUGGUCCUGCCUGAAGCCUUUGCCAUCCACCUGCCCCACGCUCCUAGCCUUGACAUCUCCAGGUUCCGGUCCAGCCCUGCUUACCGUCAGUGCCUCCAGGCCCUCAAGGACGAGUUCCACCAGGACCUGUCUCGCCGCUACGGAGCGGCGGCCCUCAAGUACCUCACGGCCCAGAGGCAGCCCUGAGAGGGUCUCCUGCCUUUUAAGAUGGGAUCCUCGUCCGCCCCUCUGAGAGGGGCUGGCCGGACUGCCCAGGGAGGGCUUGGGGGCCGGGGGGUCCCUCCAGCCCCCUCCAGACACUGCAAUGAGGCCUUGGUCCUAGGGUCUCUAUUUAAAUUAUUGAAGGUGAUUUAAGUGGCUCUGAGGCUGGGGCAGGAAGGGAACUGUCGCCUUUUGAGAAGGUGGGAAAGGCCACCUGGGUUCCUUUUGUGGUGCCCAGACUCACUGCCACCAGCCACAAUGGGGCUGGCCUCCCCACUCUCUUUUGGACCUUUUGUAAUUAAAGCAGCAUUUUUUAUUCUUUUCAUCUUUCCUAUCCUCUUGAUCUCUUGGGGUCAGGGAGCGCUGCAGGAAGCGGGGUGGUGGUGGAGCGAAGAGUCCUUCCCACUCUAAAGCUGGCACCCCCAUUCUGCCCUUUGGGGCCAAACAAAACAAGUCUAAAUCUAUCCUUCAAAUAAAUGUGAGGUCACCGCAGCUCCCGUGGCUGCCUCCUGAGGCCUCUCCUGGCUGGGCAUACCCGGCUCCUUCACCAUCCUCCUUUGCCCCUUGAAGAGGGGUGUCUCGGCGGCCGGAGGCCGGAGCAGCCCAGACUUGAGGCCUAGGGUAGGGAGUCAAGCAGACACACUCUGAGCCCCAAAGACUGAAGUUUCCUUGGCUUCCCUCAUCCCAAACCCCAACACAGGGAGGCUAACGCCAGACUUCAUUUUGUUUUAUUAAGUAAAAUGUAAAAAUAAAUACAAAUUUAUUUAGCUGCCUUCUCCCCUCCCUCCCCUUCCACAAAACCCAACCCCAAACAAAACACUUUGAAGCUACAAACCUACAUGGGAUUCUACAGAGACAGCAAUCACAAGGGCUCCUAAGUCAGAAAGGGCCAAAGGAUGGACAGAGCUGCUCUCCACCUCCGCCUCCCUCCAGCCAGCCUCCCGGAUUCCUGGAGAUCGAUGAGGACGAGGCUGGGGAAGGGGGCCGGGAGGAGAGGACGAAGCCAGUAAUGGUGGGCUUUGAUGCUGUGCUGGAGGAAGAAGAGCGAGCCUUCGUUUCCUCCUCUGCAGGAGGAAGUGGCCAGAGGUGCCUUCUGGUCUUCCAGAGAUUCUCCUCCGGCUCGAUGUCCAUCAGUCCAUCCCACGAGGUUGGUGGCCAGGACACGUUGCAGGGAGUGCUUGAUGAAAGAAGGGAGGCAUCUAUGGCCCCAGGAAUCAGGGCUCUCCAAAAGACCUUUCUAAAUGACAAAAGAGGAAGAGUGUCACCCAAGAUCUGCUUUUAGCCCCCCAUCUUUGCUAGGAUUUGGGGGGUAAGGAGGCAUUCCACUGCCGCCUCUCCCUUCACUUCCCAUCAGCAGGAAAAAGGAUUCCCUGCAGCUCCCGUGGGAGCCCACAAACACCUCAAGAAUUGACACUGGGGGCCUGGUAGGGCCAGCCCGUUUGGGGGUCGUGCUCCCAUCCUUUUACUCUGACAGGAGCCAUCUUCACAAGGAUUCCUGAAGACUCCGGGGCUCAGCCUCGGAAGGCCUAGCCUCUGUCUGUAGCCAGAUGCGGAGGCAGUUAGGUCCGAGCCACCAUCUCCCAUCCAACAUCCCCCCAAGAGCAAGUCUUCCGGACGUUUCUGAAUGGCCUCUCGCCUUGGCCCCGGUGGAGGUGGGCGCCUUUCCUUGUGUCCUUCCAAUGUGAGCAGGCUUGAGCGCCUGCCUGGAACCAAGGCACUGUGGACAGGCAGAACACAGAUGAAAUCUGAAGGAGAGCCGGAGAGCCUGAGGUGGGACUGGCGAGCCAGCAGCAGAGGGAGCAAACUGCCCGUCGUCAAAGGCCUUUGGGAGCUGCUGGGUGAUGCUGCGUGGCUGGGGUUUCUCAUCCCUUUUGUGGUCCGGCCCAGCCCGCGCUCACAGCACCUUAGAGACUUUGCGGUGCCUUCGUCGCCCCCACCCCAGCACUCACUUGCAAGACGUCUCUCCUCUCUUGGAGGCUGCUUUACCGUUUCCAGCUACUUUCGGGAAAUUAGAAGACGCUCCUGGAUAGCUUGAUGAGCUCAGACAAGUCAGAGUCUCCGCCAUCGGGAUAGGGAGAGACACCACAGCUGGUCUGGGAGCUUUAGCCAACUAUUUGGGGCAAGCCUGAGCUUCUCCCAGAGCUCCCUUGUUCCAAGGGGAGGGGAGGGCCUGGAUCUCCAGGAUCUCAACUUCGGAGCUGAGUGGGGGUUCCUCCCUGUCUUCCUUGCCCUGUCCCCUCCCAGGGGCUGGCUUUGGGCCUUUAGUAUGGCACCGUGUCUGUCUGUCCCUAGCCUGGGCCUCUAAACCUCCUCUUGAGCUUCUGGGGAGGAAGCAGGGGAAGACGAGCAGGGGUUUGGGGUACGGAGGACUCUUCCCAUGGCCUCUGCACCCUAGCAAGAGGAAGGGGAUGGCGGUGGCCUCCGACGUGACUUAAGGGUGGCGCUGUUGCCCAGAGCAGGUGGGGUGGCCCAGGAGAGGAGGACAGAUUCACUGCCCUAUCUCCCUUCUGCUGGGCAACCAGAUGUAGCCCAAUGGAGGAAAGGCCUCCAGAAGCACACGCGGCUGACACACAGCUCCUGGGGACCCCGGCUUCCCUUCCCCAAGGAGAGCUGCUCAAAGUGCCCAGCUAGGAGCUACCACCGUCUUCUGAGGAAGGGAAGAAACGUAUACCAGAACUGAGAAAGCAGAACAAAAUCAAUGCCAAAUUACCUUGUGGCCAAGACGUGACAGGGAAGACGGUGGCGGAGAAUCGGUUCCUUUCCUGUGAUCCAACGGGACGGAGUAUUUCUCCAAGGGCAGGUGGGCAUGGUCUUCCCCUUGGGGCUUUCGGAGGCAGGAUGCCACCCUUCUGCUCUUCACGUGGACCCAGGGUUGAUGUUGUGGCCACCCAGGUGGGCCAGUCCUACCUACCCUUUCAGGAGGCCCCUCCACGUACCCUGCCCCUGAGGGUGCUCUCAGCUCUAGUGCCUCGAGGGCCCUUUGUGGAAACCCCUGGAGAUGGGCUCUCUUCUGUCGUCCUUCGAGCAUCAGGGAGAGCCAGGCGUAGGGACCAAGUCACCAAGAGAUGGAUGCUCCCUUGGGAGGAGAGGUCGGUGUGGACCACACACUGGGGCUGGGGGCCCUAACUGAUCUGCCUGGAAACAUACCCAUAACAGAGGCCUUGUGAGCAGCAGAUGCUGUGCUAAAAAAUUAGAACUACACAGUCUUCUCCAGUUCUGACACCUUUUUAAUAGAAAUCACUGUUUUUAGGAAA